UACCUGGUUUCAGUAAAGUGAAAUGCGAUAUUCAACUUGGUAUAAAUUGAGAAUUCCACGGGUUAACUGGAGCAGUUGUUGUAGUCGAUUUCUGUCACAAGAAGAUAAAAAAGAACUCCCCAGUUACUUCUGCUCAUGCUAAGCUGUACAUGUUGUCAUUGUUUAAAGGUCAAAUCAUUGGCUUUUAUUUUUAUAAUUGGAAUUGAUCGGUACUAUCAUUGAUGUAAAAAUAUAAAAGUUUAUAUUCAUUGCAAGAAACAGCAAAAAUUUCGUCGAACACUUGGAAAAGAAUUUUGGAACAUAGAAGCCAAUAUAAAUAUUGGCAAAAUUGUGCUUGCAUGAUUUCCAAUUUAAAAUUAAAAACUAUAUACCCCCAGAGACAAAAUUUGUUUCCUAAAAACCUUCAGUUUUUCAAUUUUGCUAAAUGCAGUAAGUGUACAGUUAUAGCCUAUAUACAAAAGUUGUUAGUCAAAAAUAGUGCAUUGGUAAGUUAUAAUACAAUUACUAAAUCAUGGCCAUGGUUAAUGUCAAUCGAAAGGUCACGGACCAAUUUUAUAGAUACAAGAUGCCUAAACUUAUAGCUAAAGUUGAAGGAAAAGGGAAUGGAAUUAAAACUGUCAUUGUUAAUAUGGCUGAUGUUGCCAAAGCGUUGGCUCGUCCACCAGCAUACCCAACAAAGUUUUUUGGUUGUGAGCUUGGUGCACAGACACAGAUUGAUAAAAAAAAUGAUCGCUACAUAGUAAAUGGUUCACAUAGUGGCGAUAAACUUCAAGAAAUAUUAGAUACAUUUAUUGAGAAAUUUGUGCUUUGUGAAGAAUGCGAUAAUCCUGAAACAACAUUUUCUGUACAACCAAAAAAGGAGAAAAUUACAUCAACUUGUUCUGCCUGUGGGCACAGUAGUGUAAUUGAUAUGCAGCAUCGUAUAGCUACAUUUAUUCUCAAAAACCCUCCAGUUGAUGAUUCUGCAACACCUCAAAAAUUGAAAAAAUUGCAAAAAGAAAAAGGUCAGCAAGAUAAUAGUGGUGAUAGCAGCCCAACUGAAGAAUCUGGUUUCAAUGGUUGGAGUGAUGAACCUUAUUGUGAAAAGUCUGUCAUAGAAGAUUGGGGUGAUGAUACAAGUGAAGAAGCUGUUCAACAGAGAAUGCGUACACUUGGAGAAGGAAUUAAAGGACUUACAUAUAAUAAUGAUUUAGAUAAAUCUGUACAAGAAAGAUUUGAUAUUUUUUUCACUUUUGUCAAGAACAAGCUAGUUGAAGGUGUAGACAAUCUACCUGAUAAGGAGAUUUUAGCAGAAGCUGAGCGCUUAGAUCUCAAGGAUCGGGCUGUUUUAGCUUUAGCAGAGUUGCUGUUUAAUGAUAAAAUUAUUAACCAAAUCCCAAAAUACAGGAUUCUUUUCCUGCGCUUUAUGGCAAACAAUCAUAAAGCUCAGAAACAUUUCAUGGGAGCGUUUGAAAUAAUUGUUGGCCAAUCCUAUCCUGAAGUGCUCAUGCCAAAAGUUGCUCAUGUUUUAAAAGCUCUUUAUGACAAUGACUUGGUUGAUGAAGAAGUUAUAAUGGAUUGGGCUUCAAAGAUUUCAAAAAAGUAUGUGAAAAAAGAAGUUUCCACGAUGAUUCACGCUAAAGCCCAACCUUUUAUAGAUUGGCUGCAAACAGCAGAUGAAGAAUCAGACGAAGACAAUGAAGAAGUUGAGGUUGUCUACACAAAUCGUUCGGAGGCUGCUGUCCUCAAAGAUGUUGCUAAAGUUACACACCCAGUACAAGAAGAAAGUGACGACGAUGAUCUCGAUAUUGAUGAUAUUUAGUUUUUAGCGUUUGAAUUUGUUGUUUUAUGUAUUGGAAUUUCUUUAAGAUUAUCUUGAUUUUA